UAAAUCCGCGGUCACACUGCAGGCUGCAUUAGCGGCAAAAUAAUUUUUUUCCCACGUUAAAUUUCGCGUAAAGUUCUGUGGCACAACUAUUCAGCUGCGUAGCAGCAGACGGAGCGCAGCUUAGCUUUUCCCCAACAACGGAAUGUGCAUCCCGCCCCAACAACAACAAAAAAAGGAAUCGCCAAGAGCAGCAAAAAGUUACAAGCAAAAGAGGUGGGCGAGUGGAACAAGAAGAAGGACCAAGCGAGAGGUGUCGAGCAGUGGCAAUAAGAAAGUGGCUCAAAAAAGCAAGUGCAUCGAAAAAGAAGUGUGGAGAGGGUGGAGAGCAUAAGGAAAGAACUCAGAAUCCUCGGGUUGACAAGAGCCCAGCCACCAGCGCCACAAAGUGGGAUCCCAGAGGCAGAACAGCCGCCGCACUGUGUUAAUAAUAUUGUAGCCACGACAAACACCUCACACAUACACCACAUCAGCACACCCCGCAGCAGACACCGCACGAAGCAGAAGCAGUAGCAGUAGCACCCACAACCGCAAACGAAACUACAGCCAGAGAUACAGAUAAAAAUACGUUCUCUUUUAGCCAAUAAGUCUAGUCAACAAUUAGACCAAAUGAGCACGCACCUCGAGACUAACAAGCAGCACAAACUAAGCCAAAAAUAAAAGGAGAGUAAACACAGACACACUCACGUACCCACAGAGAGAGUAGAGACACCCCCACACACAGAGAAAGAGAGAGCCAGAGCACAGAUAAAUAGUGAAUAGAGGAAGCGACUAACAUAAAAUAAGGAGGGACAGGGAAGAGCGACUGACUCCCACAGACAGAGAAAGAAGGAACGGAGAACCAACAGAGCAGAGCAAGGGGAAAGACAGAUCCACAGAUCUGAACCUAUGGAUAAAGGAAGAUAGAGAGAGAGAGAGAGACUCCCACACGAGGCAUAGAAAGAGAUUGAAAUAAGCGUAAGAGAAGGAGCUUUCUCCCAAAGAGAGAUCAAGAUCAGAACACCCCCAUACACACACAGACAAACGGAAGAAAGCAAAUUCCACCAAGAUGCGGGUCGUGGCCAUGGUCAGUGGCGGCAAGGAUAGCUGCUACAACAUGAUGCAAUGCGUUGCCGAGGGCCAUGAAAUCGUCGCCUUGGCCAAUCUCCAUCCCAAGGACAGAGAUGAGCUGGACAGCUUUAUGUACCAGACAGUGGGCCACAUGGGCAUCGAGAUACUGGCCAAUGCCAUGGGACUGCCCCUGUAUCGGCGCGAGACCAAGGGCAAGAGCAUACAGACGGGCAAACAGUAUGUGCCCACCGACGAUGACGAGGUCGAGGAUCUCUACAGUCUGCUGGAGACAUGCAAGCACGAACUUCAGGUGGAUGCCGUGGCGGUGGGCGCCAUCCUGUCCGACUAUCAGCGCGUGCGCGUCGAGAAUGUGUGCAGCCGCCUUGGUCUGAUAUCGCUGGCCUACCUGUGGCGGAGAGACCAGACUGAGCUGCUGCAGGAGAUGAUCGACUGCCAGGUGCAUGCCAUUAUCAUAAAGGUGGCUGCCCUGGGACUGGUGCCGGACCGUCAUCUGGGGAAAUCGCUGCGGGAGAUGCAGCCGCAUCUGCUCAAGAUGCGCGACAAGUACGGUCUGAAUGUGUGCGGCGAGGGCGGUGAAUACGAGACCUUCACGCUGGAUUGCCCGCUCUUUCGGCAGCGCAUCUCCGUUGAGGACUUCCAGACGAUCAUCAGCAGUGCGGACCCCAUCUGCCCGGUGGGAUACAUCAAUUUCACGAAGCUAACACUCCAGCCAAAGGAGCCGGGCAGCUCGUCCGCCGGCGGCGGUGGUGGCGGCGGCAGCGGCACUGAUGUUGUCUUUGUCAAGCGCUCCCUCGACUAUAUCAGCGACCUCAACGAGUCGACGUACAGCGAUCUGAGUGAUCCGGACUUCAGCGAAACGGAACUGGAGCUGAUCGAGAAGGAGACGCGUCUGCGGGAAUCGCUCAGCCAGAACGAGCUGAUAUCGCGCAGCAACUCGUUCGGGCGCCACCUGGCCACGUCCGCCUCCUCGCCCAUACCCAUUGUCACGAAGAGCGCCAGCGUCGACGAGCCCAUACCGACGGCCAAUUCGGCGGCGGCAUCCACUGCUUCCCUCAUGCUGCUGACAGCGGCGGCAUCGUUGGCCAACAAUAAUCAAUCGGCCACCUCGGCCUCGGCCAGUGCCCUGGGUUUAAGCGGCAGCUACGCGAGCAGCACCCAGGGCAAUCCGCUCGGCAGCAGCACGGCCGCCGUAUGCGGCUCGAUGUCGCUGGCCAUCUCCUCGCUUGGGCUGAGCGCGACCACAUGCCAUAAUCCGUCUGGAGCUGCUGGGCCAGGGACAGGGCAGGGGCCAGGAGCUGGCGGCAUUAGCAGUGUCAUGACACAGCCGCCGAGUCCAAUGAAAUACGAGAGAGAGUUCCGUCCAUUAGCGAACGAGGCCAGAGCGGCCAUCAAUGCCAAGGGCUGGAUGUGGCUGGCCGGCAUACAGGGCUGCGACUCUGAGGGCAUGGAGCAGGGCAUGCAGAGGGCCCUCGACAUAUUGCAGGCACUGUGCACGAGCAAGGGCUACGACCUGCAGGAUCUAUGCUACAUUACGCUCUAUGUGCGCUCCAUUGCCGAGUAUCCGGCAUUGAAUCGGGUCUACAUGAAGGCCUUUGACUUUCACAAUCCCCCGACACGCGUCUGUGUGGAGUGUCCCUUGCCCGAUGGCUGUCAUGUGGUGAUGGAGGCGAUUGCCUAUCGCCAGACAAUUGGUCUGGCCAAUACGGCCCAUAUGACAGUCGAGGAGCGUGAUCGCGAGGGCGAGGAGACGGCCGCUGCGCUAUUGAAUGGCCGCCGCAGCACCAUGCAUGUGCAGGGCAUAUCCCACUGGGCGCCUGCCAAUAUAGGACCCUACAGCCAAUCCACAAGAAUUGGCGAAAUCACAUACAUUUCGGGACAAAUCGCCCUGGUGCCGGGCAGCAUGACAAUCAUUGAGGGUGGCAUACGACCGCAAUGCAAGCUAACGCUGCGGCACAUCAGUCGCAUUGCCAAGGCCAUGAAUGCCCAUGGGCAGCUGCGCGAUGUGGUCCAUGGCAUUUGUUUUGUUACCCAUCCCGCGUUCAUUGGCGAGGCGCGACGUCAGUGGGAGCGGCGUACCACAAAUGCCAUUAUGGACUACAUUGUGCUGCCCGCCUUGCCUAGGGAGGCGCUUGUCGAGUGGCAGGUCUGGGCCCAUACCCACAACGAUCGCUUUGACUAUGAGGAAACUGGCUGUUCGGUUAGCGAUUAUACCAUCUCGAUACGUCGCCGCUGGAACUAUGAGAACAAUUGUGCGGCCAUUGUCUGCUAUGUGUCCACCGGCCUGGCCUCGUCCACCACACAGUUGACGCAGCUGAGCGACGAUAUACUGGGCAACCAUUGCCGCGUGGCGCAGUCGGUCAGUGCGGAGCAUAUGGAUGAGAUUCUUACGUACAUUGUGAAUCGUUUGCUCAAGGAUUAUCCCAUUGCCAAGCUGAAGCAGCAGCCGCCGCCAGCACAGGCUGUCAGCGAGACAGUGGGCGGGACACCGCCCUCAACGCCAUCGCUGCCCGGUGGGGCUGGUGGGGAUCAGCAACAGCAGCAGCAACAGCAACAACAGCAACAGCAGCUGCAGCAAUCACAGCAGUCACAGCAUCAGAAGCCAGCGAUACAUCUGAAGCUAUUCUAUCAGGUGAAUGCGGCCCCACCAACAGAGCUGCUGCUGCAGUCGCUGCAUGACUUUCGGCUCAAGUGCCAGGAUAUGGCCACUAUUGUAUACACCGUGCUGCCGGCGUGCAGUUUGCACAACUUUAGUACGUUCCUGUCCAUAUGCGGUGUUAGGCAUGAGUAGGAAUUGGGGAGGAGUAGGAGAUGGAAUGAGAGUUGGUAAAGGAAACAAUUUGCUGCCACCGCACUAAACAGAAUUAUAUAUAUAUACAUACACGACUAUACAUAUAUAUAUAUUAUAUGUAUAAUGGAUAUGUGUAAGCAGCUUGCCGUGUCGCCGCUUGCUUCUUUUAGUUAUCCAGCGGAUGCCGCAUGCUGUCUAUAUUUUAUCUCCAUCACACACACACACACACACAGACACACUCACACCAAAAAUUGUUUCGGACCAAAACAGAGGAAAGCCACAUGCUUGGAAAAUUGAAUUGGGAUAAACGGAUCUAUGCAACUCAAGAGUUUCAGCAAAUUAGCAACAACAACAAAAAAAAAAAUUAAAAUAAAAUCAUUAAAAGAAUUCAAAAAUUAAUUGUACAAGCAGAACCAGCAAAACAAAAUACAAGAAGAAAGGAAAGGAACAGAACGGAACGGAACAGAAAAGCGCCACACACUUUUUGUGCACUCAUAUUGCCCAGAACUGUAACUGUA